AUGGCGACAGAACGCUCUCUGGCCGCGCUGCUGCGGUCUUUACAAUCUGCGUCCACUUUAGAAGAUGCCUCUGGGCUUCUUCCUACAGCAACGAGUUUCCUCUCAGUUCUCGGCAACCCGCUCAAUCUAAGCCUCCUCUCCUCGCAGCUUCUCUGUUCCCCCGCGCUAUGGAACGGCCCCGUUGACCUCCAAGCAUGUCGCAAGAUCCUCAGCAUCUUCAACACGGCCGCCAUCGCAGUCCUGCAAAAUGAUAACACCGACGAACCACGCCCAACAUACGGUCGGAACCGCAAGAUAGAGCGCGAGGCAUGGGUGAAGGCCGUAGCCGAGGGUGCGGACGACAAGUCACCGCGCUGGCGACACAUGCUCCUGCUCGGCGGCAUAUUGCUUGGAUUCGAGGGCCAGAAUCGACAGGGUCUACCGUGGCAUAUUCGGACGAAGCUUGAAUCAGCGCUUGCGACGGCUGCGCAAUUAGCGCUGGAGGAGAUGCAGACUGAGGACGGGGUCGAUGGGUAUUGCAUUACCAUGGUGCUCAAUUAUACAUUUGAACUUCUGUCCGAUGCGGAGAGGAGUAAGAUUGAUUAUGAUCGCUUACUCCCCGUUAUGGUGCGGUCUACGUUCCUCUCGCCGGAGGGGUUGGAGGGUGGAUACUUCCUCGGUGCCAUUGAUAAGGAUGUUGUCGAGGUACCGGGGAAGAAGUUCCGCUGGUCGUCUACUUCUCCGACCUUUGGGUAUUUCUCGACGAUAGCUUCGCGGCCGCUUAUUGCGGCUUUGGGACCGUUGUCAAGGCUUGUUUCGCAUGCGGUGGAUCAUGCGCGCAGUCCGGAUCUCGUGGCGCAGACUGUUGAUUAUAUGGCGGACUUUGCGCGGACGCUUAUGGUGCAGUGGCGUCAGAAUAAGUUGUCUGAGGUGGAUGUUGCGGAGGAGGCGGAGUUCUUGGAUGCGGAGUCCUUGCAGACUACUAUCCCGGCUUUGUGGAAGGUUCUUAGAAACUGUUUGUACUCGGUUGUUAUUGUUCUCCGGGCUGUUAUUGGGAGAACGAUUAAUGACCCUGCUCUCGCUGCUGGCAGUCGUGCGCCAUAUCUUUGCAUGCAGUCUCUUCAUAUUCUGCGUAAUCUAUACUUUAUCUCCUCUCGGACCGGGCAAAACGGAUCAUCACAACAAGCCUUUGUGUUCCUGGCUGCUGUUGACAUUCUCUCGCAAUAUCCCGACCUGGCAGAGAACUUCUUGCGCAGCAUCAAGCCCAGCGAUAUUGGCCAAAUCCCGAAUCAUCCGGUGGAGCGCUGCCUGGAUCUCUUCUUCAUGAAUGCGGCCGAGCAUUUCCCAAUUGUCUUGCCAAGUGCCGUGAACGAGGAGCUUCUAUUAUCAGCUGCUUUCCCAUAUCUGGCAGCUGGAGCGAACCCCCUCCUACUGGAAAUCUUCGAAGCAGCCCACAGCGUCGUGCUCGUUGUAUUUGCGAUUCCGCACAACGCAGAACUAGCCGGAAAGCACCUCCCAUUCUACAUUGAGAACCUAUUCGCCGUGAGUCUUCCCGGACAACCUCUCAGCCCGACAAUUCCGCCUCGCCUUCAAAACGGUCAUCCAAGUCACCGCACCCCCCCCUCACCACUAGCAAAUACCCAACCCCUCCUCCCAACAAUAUUAUUCGAGGUCGUCCGUGACCGAGCAAUGCACGCCUCCACAACGCCAAUUAUCCCCACGGCGCAGAAUACAAACACCGCGCCAGAUCUGGGCAACGCACCGCCUCUCUCCGUGCAAGCCGUUCUAACCCUCGCCCUCAUCGACUCCCUCUCCUUCCUCCGCGUCGACGACCUGAAAGAAUGGCUCCCGUUGACCGCCGAGCUUAUCAAUGCUGUGCCGGACCGGGCUAUGCGCGUCACUUGUAUUGAUCGGUUCUGGGAGGCUGUGAGUGGCGGCGAGAUGGAUGUUGAUCGGGCGCAUUGCUGUGUUGCUUGGUGGAGUACGCAGGGUGGGCGUGAAUUGGUAUUGUACGGGGCUGAGAAUGCGCCCGGUUCGGAUGAGGAUGCUGGUCAUGAUGCUGAUGGGCCGUUUAUGAGCGGGGCUGUUGGUGCUGUUGCGCCGGAGAGUAAGCUGUGA